AUGUCUAUAAAAUUACAUUUCUAGUACAUUUUCAUCGUCGGGUUUUGUGGUUUUUAUCUGUAAAUUUUUGUCGUUUUUCUUAUUGGAAGCCGUACGAUUCACUAGAUAAACUAUCAAUGUAAAGCCAAAAUUUUGCGUCAUGAACUAGUGCCAUUUGAAUUUCGCAUUUCAUCAAAUUCAUACGAUAAUUCCGAAAACCUUUAGUACGAAAUGUAAAUGACAGAUUAAAAAAAACAUCACAGAGAUUGACACAUAGUAUUUACCAUAAUUUGGUGAUGUGCUCGGUUCAUCAUUUAUUUUCAACAAAAUAUUAAGUGAUAUCAUCAUUGGAAAGAGUUUUUAAAAGCGAAAUCAAAUCAAUAUCAAAUUGUGCUUCUUAAAGGAUAAUUAAUUAUGAUCGGACAGCUGUAAUAUUGGUGAUACGAGACAUAAAGCGUUUUCAAUAAUAAAUUUAGUAAAAAUGGAUACAGGCGUCCGUGCAAUUGUUGAACAUGAAUACCAAGCAAAAGAACCAGAUGAACUAAAUCUGGUGAAAUUCGAUCAACUCUACAAUAUAAAAGUUCAGCCGGGAGGAUGGUGGGAGGGGACACUUGUCUCCACCGGGCAGUCAGGCAUGUUUCCCGAUAACUUUGUCCGUGUUUUGGAGGCAGACGACAAAAAUCCAGUCGUAUUGAGAGACAAAUCAGCAACACAAAAUCGUCGAUGUAAAGCUGUUUACAGUUAUACACAGAACAAUAAUGAUGAACUGACUUUGGCUGUCGGUGACAUCAUUGAAUUUUUGGGCGAGGUGGAGGAAGGUUGGUGGAAAGGAAAACUUGGAACGAAAAUUGGUGUUUUUCCGUCAAAUUUCGUUGUUACGAUUGAGCACGUCUCGCCAUUAUUAGCUAAUCGAAGAAGUACGGGAGUUGGUAAAGCAUCCACUGAGCCAGUGUCCAUGAAAUUUAAAGCAGACAUCAGCUCGUCAAGGGAAGAUAUUGUAGCUGCAAUUGGUAAUGCAGCUCUGUUGGAAAAAGAUGCACCAAGUCUUCCGCCAAAGCCGGUUCGUGAGCUGUGCAGGGUUUUAUUUCCAUAUCCUCCAUCCAAUGAAGAUGAGUUAGAGCUUAAGGAAGGUGACAUAAUAUCGAUCAUAAACAAGGAACUACCCGACAAAGGUUGGUGGAAAGGAGAACUUAGGGGAAAAAUUGGUGUUUUUCCAGAUAAUUUCGUUGGCCCAUUAUCGCCAGAAGCCUCUCCAUCUAAAGAUGCCAUGUCAUCGAAUCAUAGACCCGAUCGACCUCCAGCUUCUUCCAAAAUAUUAAUUUCAAACAAAUCGUCAAAUCGCAAAGACAGUUUCGGUUCGAGGGAUUCAUUGAAUGAUACCAGCAUACCAACGGGAAAUGUGGCUGCAUAUCGGAAAUCGUUGGAGAACAAGGUCAUGGAUAUGUCUGGUGUUGAAAAGGCCGGAAACCGGAAGAGCAUUGAAAUGAAAAGUGACAUUCGAAAGAGCAUGGAAAGUUUAGACGAUAAAAAGACCACACCGCCACCGGUUCUGACAAAGAAGCCAAUUGUUCCAAUAAAAAAAUCACCGACCGUCGGCAAUGUGACUGGUGGUCUGUUCACUGGCAUCAAAGGAAAAACUAAAACUGACGGUAAAUUGUCAUCGAACGAUAGUUUGGAUGGAAUAGGCAGUAGUAAGCCAUCGAUGGGCCAUGUAGCCGAUAACGGUGACAAAAGUAUUGUGGGCGAGCGACUUAAGCGAGAUAACACCGAAUUCGAUCAAAUUGAACGUGGCAGUAUUUUACAAGAUAUGCGUGCCGGCCGAGCGAAAGCACCGAAACGACGUCCACCCACAUCAUCUUCAAAUUCAUUCGGAGAAAGCGCCAGCGAUACAACUUAUCAAAAUGGUGGAAACGGUUACGCGGAAACGGAACAUAAGUCCGAAUCUCUGGACGAUGACAUUGCGAAACCGAAACCGAGAAAUUGGGAAAAGCAAAAAGCACCGUGGAUGGAUGAAUUGAAGGCAAGCCAGGCGAAAAAGACGUCACCGAAUGUGGAAAACCGAUCGCCAGACGGUAAUAAUAAAUCUGCUGACCAUGAGACAAGUGAAAAAUUCGAUAUGUCGAAGUCAUUCAGUAGCUCUUUCGUAUCUAGUCACAAGAAAUUGUCCGACACCAACAACUUUGACAUCCGAAGCAACAGUGUGGACGUUAAGACAUCACAUUCGGCCGAUUUGAACAAUAAAAAAGAUAUUGAUCAUCAUCCAAUGGCCAAAUCAAUGUCAUCAAAGGCGACAAUUGAUACAACAGCAUCAGUAACAGUAGCAGCAGCAGUAGCAACAACAACAACAACGGAAGACACGGCAAAAAUACGUCCAACUAGUGUCAGUUUGCGCAACCGAAGUAUAUCACCGGUGGCCCGUUUCACAAAAUCUGUCCAACCAUCCAACGAACCCACGAAAUUGAUCAACAAUGACAGUGUCAGUGAUAAGCCAAUCAGCACCGAUAACGUAUGCAAUCGUGUCGCCGAACUAGAACAAAAAGUAAUCAAACUCGAGAAGUUGGUACUGUACCAGAGUCAAACGAUCGAAGAUCUACAGAAAACGAUCAAAACUGAGUCAGACAAGGUUAAAGUGCUAAAAGGUGAGCUAGACAAAUACGCACAGUGUGUUACGCAGGUCUGAAAGUAAAGAAUGCUGUGCGGAGUGGAUUGAUUCUCCGUACAGCAUUGAUGGAAAUCGUUUUGUUCUAAAUAUCACAUUCCUCUUCAUUUUUCCGUUUUUUUAAAAUACAAAUUGAGUGAGACAUAUAAAUAAGUUAGACGGUUUUUGUGUGUGUGGUACAUGCUAGUUAUAAUCACUCAUCGUUGGACAAAGAUAGGAUGUUGCUUUCAGUUC